AUGUUCAGCUCAGGAAGCGGAGGAAGCGGCGGUUUCGACAGCUUUCGGACGCAAAAUACGAAUCUAUUUGGACCAAAUGAAGGUAUUGAUCGCUCCGCUGCCUUCACGUUUCCAGGAUUGACAGCAGUGAACUCUUUCCAGCCCAUUGGAAACGUUCCAGACGUAACUACAAGGUUUGGACAGAGUCGGGGUGGCAUUGGAAACCAAUUGCCGCUGCCCUCGAGCAGUUUGGCUGGAACCCGGAGGCCAGAAGGAGACUUUAGUGGCUUUCCGCAAAGAGGGUUGGCUCGAAAUACGUCCAUGGUUUCAGGUAGAUUCGGUCGCGCUGCGACAAGUGGAAACCCGUUUGGGCUGACGAAUCAGAGCACGGCAGAGAACAACGAUCGAUCGAGUAUGACACUUGAGUUCACGCCGUCUUUCAGUCACGACGACAAUUUGUCAUCAACGUCAACGAGCACGCGCUCUUCGAUUGGAUCAGCGACAGAAGGAAGUGGACAGUCAUUGGAACAAGUGUUUGAGCCUGGUGGAAAUACACGGGGGGUCGUAGAAUUUGACAAUGAGGCGAUAGGCUUUGGCACAAGCAGCACACCAUUUCGUGCAAACGGCAGUGACUUUGGUGGGGGUCCAACUGUUUUUGGAGCGCCUCUAUCCAAGCGCGGGUCAAAUGCCUUUUCGCAAGGACCAGACGGAUUCGAAUCCGCUAGCACUGCAGCGCCAUACAUGUCGCAGAUUACAGUGUUUGGCAACCAACCUUCCGGCGUUCGAGUACAAAAAAAGAAGCGGGUUUCUCCGAACGCGGCUACCUCUCCUUCUCGUGCAGUCGAUUCUUUCGCUGCCGCCACAAGUAGACGUGGAGCACCAAGCGCCUUCCAUAUUCAAACCACGUUUGGUGCAGCAGCUGGUGGUAAUGCCCCGACGACCUCUCACUUUAUUCGGAAGCCUUUUUCUGAUGAGAGUGCUGCUGCUGUCACUGCCUUCGGCGGUACCCGCGAUAAUCGACAUCCCGUCUCGAACAAUAAGUAUGAAGCUAUGGCUGGAGAAUUCCCGAGUACCAACAAGAAGGCGUCGAUGGAGACGCGAAUGAGUGGCACGAGCAAAGCUUCGUUCGGGUCAAGAAAACGUGGCAAAGGAUCUAUCGCUAGGGCGGAAUCGGAUUCGAAGCAUGUCGGUGAGCGCCGACGCACUGCCAGUUAUAGUCCGCUAACUAUGCUUAGCGCUGAUGAUCCUGACGAUGACAUAAGGUCAAUAGUGAGCCGAACAAAAGGAAAUGCCGGGAAGCGUCGACAAUCUCGGCAUCAGAACCCAGUGUCGAAUACGCAUGAUGACGAGACCUCAUUUGUCUCCAUGUCACCUGCUAUCGUCGGGGACAGAGACGAAAACAACAAGGCACAGCUAUCGGCAGCUGCGAACCUGGAUGGUCUUUGUACCGAUAUGUGCAGUCAAGUAGAACGAGAGCUGCACAUUCGUGUAGAUGAAUUGAGCGUGUUCGAGAAGUGCUUUCCUGGCCAAUAUGGGACCGAACGCGAUACGAUUAUCAAACGUUUUCAGCGCAGUUCGGCUGAUCACAAGUUGGACAUUCCGGACGAAAUUCGUCCUCCAGGUGUUCUUCGACGCACCCAGUUGUACAUUGAACAAGCCAUUAUGGAUUUAGAUCGGUGUGGGUUGGACCCACGAUUCCAGCCGCCUCGAGCUCCAGAGCCGAUCGAGUUGUAUAACUUCUGCUGGGACCGUUUUCGAAUGAUUCGCAAGGACUGUGUUUUACAGAACUACCGUGGUGCAGGGGGUCGUGUACAUCCCAUCGUGCUGGACAUCCACGAACGUAUUGCGCGGUACCACGUCCUCAGCGAGCACGAACUCAUCGAAACACCAAGCUUUGUGGCUCAGCAAAACAUGGAACAGCUCGGGCAAACGCUCAAGUCGCUGAACGAGCUGUAUGACGAAAGCCACAAGGUGGCAGACCCCGCGUACUUUAGUCCUUUUGAAGCCGAGUUCCGCGCGUAUUUCAUACUGUGUACACUGGAUAAUGGCCGCGGCAUGGAUGUGCUGAAGUAUGUCAAAGACCUGCCGCGCUUUAUUGUGGAAAGCAGUCAUGUCAAGUUCGCGAUGCGCGUAUUUGUUGCUCGUCAAACUGGUGACUACUAUCAGUUCUUCUCGCUUCUUCGUGAAGGGACGUAUUUGCAGUCAUGUCUUCUCUCCCGGUACAUUCCGAAUGUCCGGUCUUCGGCGCUGCUUCGUAUGAAUCGAUCGUAUCGCAGCCAGACUUACCCACUGGAGGACUUGGCGGAUCUGUUGUGUUUCGACGACGUUGAGCAUGCCUAUGCAGUAUGUCGUGAACAUCAAAUCGAAAUAAUUGGCCACCCUGAUAUCGACGACGAAAACGAGAUCCUAGUAAAGUUUGGUGGCAGCUUCGAAACAGAUGCUCAACUUCGGCGGAACAAUCGGCCACUCAAGAUUCGGGGUUCGACUUUUUUCAUCGGAAUCAAGCAAGGAAUCUUCUUACGCCGCGACGUCUGCCGCGGGGUAACAGAAUAUCCUCGAAAUGACUACCCAGCCCUAAGCAAGUUAAUUCAAGAAAUGGAGCAGGAAGAACAGGCUCGGUUGUACCCAGAUCGACCUGAGUACACGGAUAAGUACUCACGUUUUGUUGAUUUCACUGGCGAGGAUGCCAUAUCGUCUCUGGCAAGUGAUGAAAUCGAGACCGUGGACGACUACGAUAGUGAACAACACCGACCGAAGAUAGGUCAAAAACGACAUCUCGAAACGAUUGCACACAAACAACAGGAGCUUGAGCAGGAGAGGCAAAUGAUGCUUGAACGAAUGCGGAGGCUUGAGCAGGCAAAAGAAGAGAAGAGUCGGCGUGAACGAUAUAUAAAAGCUGCCGCCGAAGAAGCUGCGCGACGUGAAGAACAGAUAAGGAGGGACGCUCUUGCCCGAGAUAAGGCUGAAAAAGAAGCUGCAGAAGCGAGACAACGGCAGAUAGAACUGGAAGCACGAUUACGCGAGCAGAAACAGCGUGAACUACAAGAACAGUACAAACUGGCAGAAAGGGCUCGCGAAGCAGAGCGGCAACGACUCGCGGCGUUACAACACGCCGAAGCUAUGAGGGCAAAGGCGGCGGAAGAAGAACGACGUCGACAAGAAGAACGGCAAAACAAAAUCCGACGAAAAGUAGCAGAAGAGCUUGAGCGACGUCGACAGCAAGAGCUAGCGGAGGAGCGUGCUCGCCAAGCUCGCGAAGCUGAGCUUGAAGCCCAACGACAAGCACAGCUUGCGAAAGAGCGAGAAAGGAAGAGGGUGCGCCGGGCUGGAAAGCACCGGCUUGCAGUCUUAAAACUAAGACUACAUUUGUGGAAGAAGUAUGUGCAAGUGUCUCGUAAUGGCCCUGGACCAAUUUCAAUUGAUGCGACGAAGCUUCGACUUGGCCGGCCUCAUCAAAAGGCUAAAGAUAGCAUCCAGUGGCUUUUCGGGGGAACUGGUAGAGUGUCUGCUCCACCGACGAAAAAAACGCGAUUGUCAAGUGCGGCAGUAGAUGCGUCGCCUUCACAUGCCGACAUUCUAUCGCUUUGGUGCGCAGACGACAUCCAAGACUUGGUCAGUGGUCCACUUUGUCGACAAAACCCUGGAUUGCCAUCAAUCGCGUGGAAACUAGUGAUUGCAGAUUUAAUGGAUGGAGCUUCAUCGUCGUUUGGCUUGUGGUGCGCAGUCCGGGCCGGGGCACAGAAUGUGUCUGUACCUGAGCGUGACUGCCACCGCACGUUCCAAUGGAGUAUUGGCAAGGAGCAGGGAGUCGCCGUGUGCAGCCGGUAUCUCGAUUCGACGUUUACUGAGCGGAAUACACACAAGGCGCAGCAAGAGAAGCUCGCUGGGACUUCAGCGAUUCUGUUGCCCGUAGAUGUGAGCACACUGCAUGUAGCUAGCAAUUGCAGUAGCUGGGUGCGGCAAGUGGAAGAUCUGCUAGCGUGUCUGAGCGCGGGGUGCCGUGUGACACUAUUUGCUCUAGGGUUUGCUUCGACGGAAGUCGAGUCGUCUCGGAAACUCCUCGUCACCACGCUUGAGGGCUGUAUGGAGCGGAUGCGAAGUCGAUUUGCUUCGCAGGUGGUUCAUACUCGCGUUGAAGUGAUGGACGCAGGCGACUUGCUUCCUCACAAGUUCAGGCAAGUGUUGAAAACGAUUGCAACGUUGUCUCCUCCAGUGCGCCACCUCGAGAGUGUUGGCCUGAAGGAGCUUCUAGAGAGCAGUAUGGGGUCGAUGCUGAACCGAUUUGAAGCGUCAGUUGAGAUCCAGAGCAAUAUUUGCGAUGUUUUCCGGCGCGUGCAUGAAGACAUUUGUGCGUCUGGUGUAAUGGACCUUACGUACUCGCCACCAGAGGUGCAAUAUGCUGUAAUGGCCCCCUCGUAUGACUGGAACUCGGAGGAGAGGCGAGACAAGAUCAAGACGAUUCUGACGGCACUUGAAGCCACUCGCAUUGCCGUCGUGGAUUCCUCGGUCGCUUGCGACGAGGCAUGUGACGUUUACUUCAAAAGAGUGGCAAACUUCAUUGAUCGCCUGUUUGAUUCACAUUCAGCAGCUCCAGCAGUGUCAACGUACGAGCUCAAGAAGACAAUUUUCAGCGCGCUUCUCCCCGUUCAUGAGGCCUUGACACAGGACAGUAGGAGAGAGCAAGUGACUCCACGGAAUGCUGAUGUGCUACUGCCAUGGCGGAAGAUUUUCAAAGAGAUAUACGAGACUUUCUUCGAGACACUGGACGACAUCACGAUCUAUUAUCCGGCUGAUUGGCGCAAGUUCGGGACGACUGUGUCGACUUUGCUGGAUGCUGCGCACUCUUCGAUUUGGGCAAAGCUCAGCGCAAGCUCCAAAAAGACCAAGGGCGCCGUCGUGGAUGAUUCCGUGGCACGAGUCACUGUGCAGAGCAUCAGGAAGAGCUUUGGACUCUCGAAAGCGCCGGAUGGAUCGACCGUGCCACAAAAGUAUCGAGCAAUGGACGAAAUAAACCGUCUUCGAGCGGAGAUCAAGAGCGAGAAGGCCGUGACGACGCAGUUUCAGCGCAUGCUUCGCCAAGCUCUUGAUCGAUGGGAUCAAGCGUAG